CUUCUUCCUUCUCUUCUCUUCUCUCUUCUUCUUCUUCUUCUUCCUUACCCCUCUCUCAUCAUACCUACCUAUAACCAAACACAAAGAACACCAUUGAUCCCAUCAGUUUUAUUCCUUAUAUUUCGUUUAAUCCAUCCUUACGCAUUUCCAAACUAUACGCUUUUUAUAUGCAACCCCAAAUAGCAACUUAAAGAAGAAAGCAGAGAGGAUCUUCUUUUAUUUCCCCCUUCAGAGAGAAAACAGAAACCAUAUCUUCAAAGAGAAGACUUCUUUAAUUUUCUUGUCGCAGGAACUGAAAACACCAUUUUUUAAUGGCGUCUUCAUCAACAAACUCACCAUGCGCCGCUUGCAAAUUCCUCCGGCGAAAAUGUCAGCCAGAAUGUGUAUUUGCGCCCUACUUCCCACCGGACCAACCACAAAAAUUCGCAAACGUUCACAAAGUGUUUGGAGCAAGCAACGUCACUAAGCUCCUUAACGAGCUUCACCCUUCACAACGUGAAGACGCAGUGAACUCUUUGGCUUAUGAAGCUGACAUGCGUCUCCGUGACCCUGUCUACGGCUGCGUUGGAGUCAUCUCUCUCCUUCAACAUCAACUUCGUCAGCUUCAGAUAGAUCUAAGCUGUGCUAAGUCAGAGCUUUCUAAGUACCAAAGCCUUGGCAUCCUCGCCGCCACUCAUCAGAGUUUAGGUAUUAACUUACUCGCCGGAACAGCUGAUGGAACAGCCACAGCCGCCGUGAGAGACCAUUAUCACCACCAUCAGUUUUUUCCUAGAGAACAAAUGUUUGGUGGCUUAGAUGUACCGGCCGGUAACAACUACGACGGUGGGAUUUUGGCCAUUGGACAGAUCACUCAGUUUCAGCAGCCUAGAGCCGCCGCCGGAGAUGAUGGUCGUCGUACUGUUGAUCCUUCUUGAGAAUUUUAGGGUUUUGGUUGUUCAUCAUCGUUGAUCUCUUGGUGAUGAUGAUGAAAACUAAAAUUAAAAAUAUAUUUGAUGUGCGAAAAAAAACCAAAAUAUUUUAAACUUAUGGUAUCUCUUGAUGACAUUAAU